GUUUUAGCUCACGCAUGGCGGAGGAAAACACACGGUUGCUACUUCUCAUAAUGAAAACAGAGGUGCCACCUCUAAGCAAGUAAGAAUUAGCAGCAAACUGAUGAUUAUGGAGGAUGAUGGAUGACCUGACUCCAAAUAACAGCCACAUACCCCGUCAGUCGUGGGUUGUCCAGAAUGGCUGGUCUACAAACUCAACUCAGGGACCCCCUCUCAACCCUCUUUCCAGUUCUCAGCAUCCCAGCCUGGGCUCAUCUACUGACCAGAGAUCCUUGUGUGAUCACCUGCAGAUGCCCAGUCAGAGCUGUAUGAGAGACUUUAGCACCCUAUCAUCCAGAAAUGACACUCUUCACUCUGCUCUGCACAAAGAUUUUCAAGCUGGCAGCAAUCUAUUGCCCUCCAACACGCUGUUUGCCAACACUGCUAUGCCAAAUGUGUCUGAGAUUAAUCCUUUUGCCCAGGAAGUCCCUCACACUUCAUCAGUGCUUCUUUCUGCAAACCAAGAAAAAGGUAUCCCACCACUAUCUCUUACCCAGAGAAACCAAACACAACAACUACCAUUUUUCUCACCUCACAAUUCUUCGAAGAUGCAAUUUCAUCCUUUAACAACCAGUCAAGCUUCAACAAAUGGCGUUCAAAAUUUGCCCAUCCACCCUCCAUCAUGUGGACAACCUGUAAGAACAUCUCAGGCUGCUAUCAAAGGGGGGCAGGUGGAGUUUGCUGGUAUCGCUGGAUACACUCAGAGCUAUGCCUCAUCAGCUUCUCAGGAGCACUGUGCAUGGAUAUCUUCAUCACAAUGUGGAGGGACUGUAAAUGAGUCCAUCCCUGACUCUGCUGCUCAGCCUAACAAAGAGCAAUCUCAGGAUAGGAACAUCAAUGCACAGGCCAGCAACGACAGACAGCGCCUGGCACUGUUAAGUCAACGCACAAAACUACUUCAACAACUGGCAGACUUGGAUAAAGCUCUGGAAUCAUUACCUCCAGAGGACAGCAGUGAUAGCCUCUCCCCACACCAAGCUAAUCAGCUUCAAUCCUUGGAAGAAACAUCCCAGUCUGAGCAAACUAAGGCCAGUGAUGACCAGCAGGUUGAGACAUCUGCAGAAAAAUCACAGAAAAAAGAGUGUGCCUCUUCAGAGUCAGGGGAUGAGGGUAACUCCGAUGAUCCUGUGAGUGAUGAAGACUUUUCUGCGUUAAUACCUGACCAAGACGGGUUCUCUUCAGAUGACUCCAGCUACAGCAGACCCUCAAGCCCCAUAAGUGAAAAGCCUGCUUCCCCUGAGCAAGAGCAUGAAAAACAGGGAAAUUCUCCAUGUAAGACUGGAGAUGUCAGUCCUCCAGAAAAGGCCAGAGAAUUUUCUUGGAAGAAGUCUGCAAAAACUGUAGUGGCACCAUCCUCAAAUUCUACCAAGUGCCGUACUAAUAGAAAGAAUUACUGUUUGUUUUGCUCCAAGCCAGUGACAAAAAUGGCACGCCAUUUGGAGAAUAUUCACUGUGACAAACCAGAGGUAGCAAUUGCGUUUCAGUAUCCUAAAAAGUCCAGAGAAAGACUUAAGAUAUGGCAAAGACUAAUAAAUCAAGGAAAUUUUGCUCACAACAAAGUUGUCUUGAGAACAGGGAAGGGCCAACUUGCUGCGAAAAAACGACCAACUAUGUCUGGACAAGCACAAGACUUUCUGCACUGUCUUUACUGUCAUGGUCUUUUUUUAAAUCUCUCUUUGGCCAGACACAUGAGGAGGUGUCCAGAAAAAGUAAAGCGUGAAAAUGAAUCGGGGAUUGGCAAGAAACGUAUGGCAUGGCUGUGCGCGAUGGAAGUUUCAGACGACCUCUGUAUAUCAGACGGUUUGAAGAACAUAUUGUCUGUGAUGCUUUACGAUGAAGUGACACGGACUAUCAUGGAUGAUAAUGUUAUUCUGCAGUUUGGUGAGCUUUUGUUCUCUCAGCACGGAUCUGAUGAGAAGAGGCAUGAAUAUAUAAGACAAAACCUUCGGCAGGUAGCAAGACUUGUACUUGAAGCUCAAAAAACAAGUUCUUUGAAGAAACUUGAGGACUUCUUUACACCUUCAAACUUCCUACAUGUGGUGUCCUUUGUGAAAGUCCUGGCUGGCUACGAUCCACAAAAAAAUACAUACAAAGCUCCUUCACUUGCUAUCAAGCUUGGCUACACUCUGCAGAAGGCCUGUGGUAUUGUUGAGAAGAACGCAGUGAAGUGUGGUGAUGAACAUGUGGCAGAGUCUGCACGCCAAUUCCUUUCGGUGUAUCAAGAAAAAUGGACCAAACUCAUUUCGUCAGGUGCUUUAAAAGUACUCAGAAAAACAGAAGUUAAAAACAAGAAGAAGGUGCCAUUCGCUGAAGAUGUGAAGCAGCUGAAUCUCCACCUUGAGAAAGUUCAGGAAGUUGCAGAGAAAAAACUUAGAGACAGCCCUUCUGCAGAAAACUACGGUGCUCAGGCAAAGGUGAUACUCGCACGGACAAUACUUUUCAACAGGAGAAGUGCCAGAGAGGUGUCAUAUGUAGAACUGAAAGCUUUUAGGUCAAGGGAAAAGUCAAGCUCGCUAACUGGCUUGGAUGUUUCUGUCUCAGAUAUGGAAAGAGCCAUGUGUGCGCACUUCACUAGAAUUGACCUACGAGGGAAAUGUGGGAGAAAGGUCCCAGUUUUCCUAAAACCAACAAUCCUGUCAGCUUUGGAGUACCUUGUGGAGGUUCGCGAGAUCUGUGGCGUUCCCAAGAAGAAUCCUUUUCUGUUUGGCCGGCCUGAUUCCCUGACACCCUACCAUGGAUCAGACUGCCUGCAAAAAUUCAUUAAAGCCUGUGGAGCUAAAGACCCAGAAGCACUGAACCCCAAAAAGAUCAGGCAACAUUAUGCAGAAAUGCUACAGACAGUGGGUCUGGAUGCAAAUGAGGCCAACCAGAUUUUAGGUCCUCAAGGUCAAGCCCAACGACAGGACAGUAACAUGCAGCUCAGUGGCGUCAAAAUGGACUCUGAUGCAAGGUCACAUUCCAGUGUUCACAGUGGACCAUCAACAUCCAGUCAACAAGGAUCUGGAGAAAUGAGAGGCACCAACAUGAAGACAACACAAAAACCUGCCCAUUCAAACAAAAAAGGCUCAAGAGGUAAAAACAAACAGGUGCAUAGGACAUGGGAGGAAGCUGAGGUUCGAGCUGUUGAAAGACACUUGAUGCGUUUCAUUCGAGGACACAAGGUACCUCAGAAGGACGACUGUGUUGCGUGUCUUGAGGAGGAGCAAGAGGCCUUGAGUACCCGCUCAUGGAAGGGUGUAAAGGACUAUGUGAGAAACAGGAUCACUGCCCUUAAAAGAAAAAAAAAAUCUUCCAAAGCAUAACAACAAACAGAAAGUGACAGGUAGAAAAGUGGAACCCUAGAGUACUGGACAUUUGCUACAGUUUUUGGUGUAACAAGUUUGUUAAUAACAAAUAAAGAGUUGGAAACUUUCUUUUGUAUCACUCACAGCCCUCUGUUGCUCUUUCGUUGACUUUUCUGCAUCCAUCUCUGUAUUUUAUAUAGCAUUGUGAGCAUUUCUGUAACAUUUUUUUGAUAAACUUGGCUUUAAGAAUCAAGUUACCCCCUAAUAAAGUGCUGUGAA